AUGAUUGCCCGCAGCCCUUCUCUCGAGUUCUUGUUAAUUAUUUGGUGCACUGGAGCCCGUCGCCUCCGGAUCAAUUCGUUUACCCUUAGAACCAUUGCAGUCGAUAAUCAUUCACCAGAUCCAUCCAUAGAGGAACUCGUUAUCGAGAGUGCCCCUCAUCUUCAAACAUUAAUCCAUUUUGAUCACAACCAUGAUUUGCAUAUAGCCGCGCUUUCCGUGCCUAAGUUGGAGACCCUAGGUUGUACCAACUCCACGAGGCUCGUGCUUGGUUCCACAGAUAUUCGUCAUCAUCAGGGACCGCGCAUUCGUGGCCUUGCAUCAGCGGCGUGCAAAAUCAAGUGUUUGGUUCUUGGUAUGGCUACUCUUAAUUUGGACAUGGUUAUUGAAUUGAUGACAACCUUUCCGUGCUUGGAGAAGUUGUACAUUCAGAGUGCUAGAAAGGAUGAAACUUAUAGUAAAGAGGAACGAUGAUAUGUUCGUGGCAAUACAUCGUCAUAGGCUUCAACUAGAGAACAGGG